GCAUGGGCGUGUUGUGAUGGCUGUCUGCUGCAGAGCCGCUCGGUGUUUUAAAUACUUACUGCUCCUAAAACAAGUAAUGUCAGUGCCGGUGGUGGACGACGACACGGGAUUUCAGUUGACCACAAAGUAAACAACCGUGACAAAGGCCCGAAAUGACUUGUGGUUCUGAGGAACAGCCGGUCAGCUGAUUUAAUCCGAGGAGAAAUGGGGGAAAUAUUAUGUGGAAAUUCCCAAGUUUCCCCUGAUCUGUUCCUGGAAACCCCCCUGGUGCCCUCUCUACCUGCAAUACCAUCAGCGAGAGUUGGCCCCACCUCUCAGAAGUCCCAGAGGCGCAGCAGCAGAAGUGACAGCGCUGCCAGGCCCCGUCCGUCGUGCUCAGCCCUCAGGCCAGGCCCCAGCAGAGGCAGCAUGGAGGUUGGCAUGCGCGUGGUGCGUGGCCUGGACUGGAAAUGGGGAAACCAGGAUGACGGCGAAGGCCACAUGGGCACUGUAGUGGAGAUCGGUAGGCAGGGAAGCACAACCACACCAGACAAGACAGUGGUGGUACAGUGGGACAGUGGCACACGGACCAACUACCGCACUGGUUACCAGGGUGCCUUCGACCUGCUGCUUUACGAUAAUGCUCAAAUCGGUGUACGGCACUCUAACAUCAUCUGUGACAGCUGCAAGAAGCAUGGCAUCAUGGGAAUGCGUUGGAAGUGCAAGGUGUGCUUCGACUACGACCUGUGCACCCAGUGCUACAUGAACAACAAGCAUGACCUGGGCCACGCAUUUGAGCGAUACGAGACGGCGCACUCCCAGCCAGUAAGCUUGGCACCGAGGCAGAACCUCCCACGGAUCAUCCUCAAAGGAAUCUUCCAGGGGGUUAAAGUGGUUCGUGGACCUGACUGGGACUGGGGCAACCAAGACGGUGGGGAGGGUAAGGUUGGGAAGGUAGUGGAUAUUCGCGGCUGGGACACAGAGUCUGGUCGCAGUGUGGCUAGUGUCACAUGGUCUAAUGGCACCACCAAUGUCUAUCGUAUGGGCCACAAGGGGAAGGUAGACCUGAAAUAUGUGUCUGACGGCCAAGGAGGCUUCUAUUACAAAGAUCACCUACCAAAGCUUGGAGAGCAUGCAGAGCUGCAGCGGCAGGAAAGUGCUGACGGCCACUCCUUCGUGCAGGGCGACAAGGUCAAAUGUCUUCUGGAGGAGGAGAUCCUGCGACAGAUGCAGGAGGGCCACGGAGGAUGGAAUCCCAAAAUGGCAGAUUACAUUUGUCGGAUCGGGACAGUUCAUAGAAUCACUGACCGAGGAGAUGUCAGAGUCCAGUACAGCAACAACAUCCGCUGGACCUUCCAUCCUGGGGCUCUUACUAAGGUGAACACUUUUGGAGUUGGUGAACUCGUACGAGUGUUGGAGGAUAUGGACAGUGUGAAGAGACUGCAGGCUGGCCAUGGAGAGUGGACAGACAGCAUGGCUCCUGUGCUUGGCCAGGUUGGGAAGGUGUUGAAAGUUUAUGCAGAUGGUGACCUACGGGUGGCGUUUGGAGCUCAGACGUGGACGUUUAAUCCAGCUUGCCUUUCGGCACAGCCCGUGGAGGUGGAUGCCAACCUCAUGACAGCCGAGAACCACAGCGAAUCUGGAAGUACUGUCAUCUCAGUUUUGGAGAAGCUACUGUCUCAGUCCACAGAGCAGGACAACCCCAGCCGGUUGGUCAUUGAGGCAGCGCACGGCAGUGCCAACAAAGUGCGGGAAUUGGUGCAGAAAUACCCUGACAAGGUGGAUAUAAAGAACCAGGGUAAGACUGCACUGCAGGUUGCUGCUCAUCAAGGCCACAUGGAGGUGGUGAAGGCCCUGCUGCAGGCCAACGGUUCCAUCGAGGUCAAGGAUGAAGAUGGAGACACGGCAUUGCAUUACACUGCCUUUGGUAAUCAGGCAGAGAUCGCACGGCUGCUGUUGAGCAAGGGGGCAAAUGUCAACCUCCGGAACAACUCCAUGUGCACAGCGCUCCACAUUGCUGUCAACAAGGGCUUCACUGACGUGGUGCGGGUGCUGACUGAACAUUCAGCUGAUGUCAAUCUCCAGGAUUCAUAUGGGGACACACCUCUACAUGAUGCCAUCGCUAAAGAUUUCCGCAAUAUCAUUGAGAUCCUGGUUUUGGUGCCCAACAUUGACUUCACUCAGCAGAACCACAGAGGCUUCAACCUUCUGCACCAUGCUGCCCUCAAAGGAAACAAACUGGCCGUAGAGAAGAUCCUGGCCCGAGCGCGGCAGCUAGUGGACGUUAAGAAGGAGGAUGGCUUCUCGGCGCUGCAUCUGGCAGCACUCAACAACCACAGAGAUGUCGCAGAAAUGCUCAUCAAGGAGGGACGCUGUGACAUCAACAUCCGCAACAACCGUAAUCAGACGCCACUGCAGCUGGCAGUGACUCAGGGCCACACCGAGCUGGUUCAGCUUCUGGUGGCCGAGAGCGCUGACGUCAACAUGGAGGACGAGGAUGGUGACACGGCCAUGCACGUGGCCCUUCUUCGUCCGCAGCUGGCCAACAUUAUGCUUAACCCUACUGUGGGAACCAGCAGCACUGAGGAGAGCAGUGAGGGCUGUUCUUCCACAUCGCUCUACUGCAGGCUGAGUGCUUCAGGUCUUCUGGUGAAUACUGAGCUGAGUGUCGGAGCGGCGAUGGCCUGUUUUCUAGCACAGGAAGGGGCUGACAUCAACUAUGCCAACCACAAGGGCAAGAGUCCACUGGACCUUGUUUCAGACACUGCAAUGCUGCAGGUCAUCAAGAGCUUUUCUGAGAAGCACAGGUUGCAGCGUCUGCAGGCCAUCACAUCUGGACAGGGCCUGAGCAGUGCAAGCAUGCGGCGGGUUCACACUACACCCAACACCAUGACCAACCUGGUUCUCCCUACACCGCCGGGGCCCAGUGAAUGCCUCAUCUGCUCUGAGCUGGCUCUGCUGGUUCUCUUCUGCCCCUGCCAGCACAGCGUGGCCUGUGAAGAAUGUGCCCAUCGAAUGAAGAAAUGCAUCAAAUGCCAAGUCACAAUCACGAAGAAAAUUAGACAAGACCAAACGGAGGUGGACUGCAGCCCUGGAAAUGAGAACUCUGAGCAGCACAACCUGCUGGAGCAGCUGCAGUCCCGUUACCGCCAGAUGGAGGAGCGCAUCACCUGCCCCAUCUGCAUCGACAACCACAUCAAGCUGGUCUUCCAGUGCGGACAUGCCUCCUGCAUCGACUGCAGUGCUGCGCUCAAGACCUGCCCGAUCUGCCGGCAGACCAUCCGGGAGCGGAUCCAGUUGUUCGUCUGAGCUUCUCUGUUUCCUCAGCUCUUAACGGCCAGAACUGGGAUGUCCGAGGAGGCUGGAAAGGAGUGAGGGUGAGGAUGUGAGGGGGUGCGCAGCCGUUUCCUUUUGAAGACCCAGAAACCUGUGUCUGCCUGUCACACCCUCCUGCUCAUCCUCACCACACACAGUCAAUUACUCACUCUGUCCGCGUUGCUUUACUAUAAGACGCUGUGUUACAUCGUCCUCUGUUUGUUACAUUUUGAGUAGUUUCCCUCUCUCGAGCAGCGCAGGCAGGAAAGCGUUGAUUAUGUUAACUGUUUUGUUGCCGUCAGUUCUGGUUCUCCCGUCGAGCUCAACAGGAAGUGGACGAGGAGAAGUUACCUCGUUGAUAACACUGGUAAGCGGGGAGAAGGAGGUCCUCAACAUCCUCAUCUCCGCCUCCUCUAAUCUGUCCAAUCUUUGCUGCUUUAAGGGGAUGUCUGUUACCCAUCAUCCUCUCUGGCUGUCUGCCCUCCUCUGUUUACAAGGCUGCACAGAAUCAGUCCCCAUGUUCUCGCCCCCUUGGCCUGUCCUGUGAAUUCUGUUUGCUCUCAUUUGUAAUAAUCUCUUAAUAAUCAGUGUUAGUCUCUGCAGAGGGAGUUGCUAUAACUAAAGGCUCUCUUCAUGUUCCCCAGCCACUCGCUGUAUGCAAGGGGAAAUACACACUAUAUAUGCAUGAGUAUAUGCAUAUUGUAAAGCUGAAAAUGACUGUGUCGUCAUGGGUGAUUUGUUGUUGUUGUUGUUUUAUUUCUCUCUCGUUACAUUUGUGGUUUUUAAUGUACGGAUAAGUACAGAGUUUUAUUUAUGUGUGAAAGGUGGUGUUACUUAGUAAUGUCCUUUUCUCUGUUGGUGUUUGCUUGGCAAAUGUGUUAUUGUUUCUACUGAAAUUCACCCCAAGCCUAUGUCCUCUACUCAGGGUAUCAAACUAUUGAAAGCACUUGUGAUAUCCAUAAAAAGGUUGAAGAGCCCCCACAUAUGCUGACACACACCUCCAUACACACACACGAACACAGAGCUAGUUUGUCAGGUAAUUUUAGUGGAGGGUUGUGGAAAGAAAAGGUCAUUUAAAAACAACAAAAACACAUUUUAUGAACCCUAAAGUGUUGUUUUUUUUAUUACUUUUAUUGGUGAAAUGAAUGUUUGCAGUUAAGUUUCUGCAACAUAACUGUCAUUCUACUGCAUUUUAUUGCAAAACAAAAGCAUCCCAGAAUCACCACUCUGCUGCAUUUCGGUUUAACUUCAGACAGAGAGCAUUGUCUUAGACUGACCUCAGUCAUGUGACGGGUGUAGGGAUCCCAAAUGAAUACCAGGUUAUUGUAAAAAAGAAAAGAAUCAAAAGGGCAAAAAAAGUCUUGAUGUUGGAUCUGUAGUUCCUUGUCUGCCCUCUAAGUUGAGUCAGUUCAGAGAAAAAAAAACCCUCUCUUUCAUCUGGAGGUCAGGAUUGUACACCAUCAUCUUCAUCAUCAUCAUCGUCAUCAUCCUUUCUAAUGUCUUGGUGUGUUUUCUUGAAGGGCUUAUGCAUAUGAGAAAAAAAAAAGUUUCUAUUUUAAAUCUUUAUUUAAUUUUUAUUUUCUACACUUAACUUCCAGAAACAGGAGUUUUGUUUUUUUUCGUCUUCAUUAGAUCCCAAAUUUUGGGAGAGCCAAUGUUAAAGAUGUACAUUUGAAUGUCGGGGUGGGUGGGUUGGGGGGAUGUAUCCUGUCUUACUCUGCCUUUUUAUGUGUACAGAAAACGAUGUAAGAGAAGGAACUGGAGAGAGUGAGAUGCGUUUUCCAUGAGGAAAGAAAGUUUUACAUCAGUGCCAAAUCGCAUGAGGAUGUGCAUGGGCAUGAACGCCCGAAUUUAUCUAAAAAAAAAAAAAAUUUGCAGCGUGAAGUUCAACUAAAAACUGUUAAGCUGUUAACGUCGUCGUUUGGUUUUAGUUCAAAAGCAGACAGUUCUCUUCGGCCCACUUGGUUACAUUACUGGCAUUAGCAUUUGAGCUAAUGGCGUUAGCCUCCUAACGCUAGCUUAUAGUGUCCUCAGUGACAGGUGAUACUUCUCUCAUUUUCAAAACAUCAUCAGUCCCAUAUUGUUUGGAGCUUUUUACGAGUAUAUAUAUUUAUAUUCUGUGAGACAUUAUCAGUCGAGCACCACGUUUCUUAAAAAAAGAAAAACAACAAUUGCACCAUUUUGAGGAUUGUCCAUUGGUGUUCUAAGUUGAUGGAUCCACAGGUGAAGGCAAUAACCUUUUAGAAAAUGGAAAAUAUUUGAGUCCCCCCCCCCUUCCUCUAAUGGAGUUUGCUGCGAAGGUGGGAAACAAUUUAUGUAUAAACACACUAUUAAAGCAGCAAAUGUUACUAUUGGUGUUUGUACAGUUCAGCUCUUGGAGUUCUGAUGUUGGCCUUACUGUCCAUUCCUCCUCUGUUGAUGUUUUUUUCAGUUGUAUUCUGUACAAAAAUAUUUUGCAAUAAAUAUGGAACUGUUUUCUAAGGA